CUCGUUCAAGAAACCGUCCGCGAAAAUUUUCCAUUUUUCACUUUAAAAAAAUGUCCUCCACCAACGCCCUCGUCGAAGUCCUGGAGGAGUACCACUACCUCGCGGAACCGUUCGACCGUGGCCAGCUGAAGGAAAUGGCCAGCGCGGUCCCGCCCAAGGAUUGCCGCGCCGACGAGGAGUUUCGCGAAAGUUUGACGUCGCGCCAGCGGGAAGUGCUCGACGAGGUGCAGGAGCUGGUGCGCGAUCGGAUCGGGCGGCGGGCGCGCCAGGAAUCGGUCAAGGACGUGGUCGGCAUGCAGGUGGACGUGAGCGCCCAGUACCGGGUGACCUGCGACAGCUACAAGGAGAUGCUGGGCAAAAUAAAGAUCUACGAACUGGACGUCAUGCUCGAGGACCGGCACAUCGAGGAGCUGCGCCUGGACAGUUUGGAGGUGAAGUACACCAUGACCGAUACCCUGUCAAAGGUUGCACUGCUCCAGGAAUCAGCUCUUCCGGAAGUCAAUACAAGUUAAGUCUUCACAAUAUGCCAAACAUACGAUUACAUUGCUGUAAAUAAGAGCGA